UUGUUAAUUUACAAGCUUAUACAUUUUUUUAUAUUUUAUUUAAUGGAAUUACACAUUGUUAGAGUAUCGUAAUCUUGAUUUACGUUUUCUGGAUCUAGGGUUUCUCUAUACAGCUAGUUCUUCAUAAUCAUCCCAUCGUCCUCCUUUCUUAAUUGGCAUCGUCAAACCCAUCGGAGUAGUAAACCCCACCAGAUUGCUGGCAGAAUCAAUCACUUGAGACUCAGGCAGAGACAUUGAGGUUGAUGAUUUGAAUUUUUGGAUUUUUCAUCGUGAAUCGCGGAUCUAAUGUUUCUUCAGAAAACAAAGUCUAAUAUUCUUUUAUAACGAAUCUAAAGCAUUCUUGUUAAAAGAAACUUGAAUUUUUUUUUUCUGUGAAAGUCCCAACAAAGCUUUUGCGAUUGUAAAGAAGAAAAAAAAGGAGGAAACAAAUGCCGACGUCUAUGGUGUACCAUGGAGAGAUGGCAGUGGGAGAGGUAAAGAUAUACCCAGAAGAGAACAAGAACAUGGAUCUGAAAGAAAUCAGAAUAAGUCACUUCUCACAACCUAGUGAAAGGUGUCCACCGCUUGCAGUGCUUCACACAAUUACUUCUUUUGGUAUUUGCUUCAAAAUGGAGUCAUCGACCUCACAGAAACGACAACAGCAAGAUGCACUCUUUCAUUUGCACUCCUCAUGUAUCAGAGAGAACAAGACUGCUGUAAUGCCAGUGCGUGGGGAAGAAAUACACUUGGUUGCAAUGUAUUCACGGAAUAAUGAUAGGCCUUGUUUCUGGGGAUUUAUUGUUGCCUCUGGACUUUACAAUUCAUGUCUUACAAUGUUAAAUCUGAGAUGUUUGGGUAUAGUGUUUGAUCUGGACGAAACCCUUGUAGUGGCAAAUACAAUGCGUUCUUUUGAGGAUAAAAUUGAGGUGCUCCAUAGAAAAAUGAACUCUGAGGUCAAUCCGCAACAAAUUUCUGCUAUGCAGGCAGAGAUCAAGCGAUAUUUAGAUGACAAGAAUAUAUUGAAGGAAUAUGCUGAAAAUGAUCAAGUUGUUGAUAAUGGGAAAGUGAUAAAAAUUCAAUCUGAGAGUGUUCCAGCAUUGUCUGAUAGUCAUCAGCCUAUAGUUCGACCACUGAUCCGAUUACAAGAAAAGAAUAUUAUUCUGACACGCAUCAAUCCACAGAUUCGUGAUACUAGUGUUCUUGUGAGGUUGAGACCUGCAUGGGAAGAUCUCCGGAGCUACCUGACUGCAAGAGGGCGCAAGCGUUUUGAGGUUUUUGUUUGCACAAUGGCUGAGAGGGACUAUGCACUAGAAAUGUGGAGGCUUCUUGAUCCAGAAUUGAAUUUGAUAAAUUCGAAAGAACUGCUAGAUCGUAUUGUUUGUGUCAAGUCAGGUUUAAAGAAAUCAUUGUUUAAUGUAUUCCAAAAUGGCUUAUGCCAUCUGAAGAUGGCAUUGGUAAUUGAUGAUCGCUUGAAAGUGUGGGAUGAGAAAGACCAGCCUCGGGUGCAUGUUGUCCCUGCAUUUGCUCCAUAUUACACUCCUCAAGCUGAAGCAAGCAAUGCAGUCCCUUUCUUGUGUCUUGCAAGAAAUGUUGCUUGCAAUGUUAGGGGUGGCUUCUUCAAGGAUUUUGAUGAUGGUCUUUUACAGAAGAUCCCUCUAAUUGCUUACGAAGAUGAUAUCAAAGAUAUACCUUCUCCCGAUGUGAGCAAUUAUCUAGUUUCGGAGGAUGAUGCAUCUGCUUCCAAUGGAAAUAAAAAUUUGCUUCUAUUUGAUGGCAUGGCAGAUGCUGAGGUAGAAAGAAGAUUAAAGGAUGCAAUAUCAGCUUCUUCAACUAUCCUUGCAUUGACUGCUAAUAUAGAUCCUAGGCUUGCUUUCACUUCUUCUCUUCAAUACACAAUGGUGUCUUCUUCCGGAACAGUUCCACCCCCAACAGCACAAGCAUCUGUAGUGCAAUUUGGCAAUGUUCAGUUUCCUCAACCUAAUACUCUAGUUAAGCCUAUGAGUCAAGUUACCCAUCCAGGACUGAGCUUGCAUAGUUCUCCUGCCAGAGAAGAGGGUGAAUUACCUGAAUCAGAAUUAGACCUAGAUACCAGGCGUAGGUUUCUCAUAUUGCAACAUGGUCAAGAUACAAGGGAGCGCAUGGCAAGUGAACCCCCAUUUCCUGUUAGACAUCCUGCACAAGUUUCUGCUCCUGCUUCCAGUGUCCCAUCACGUAGGGGAUGGUUUUCUGUAGAAGAGGAAAUGGGUCCACAACAACUAAAUUUGCCAGUACCCAAAGAAUUCCCUGUAGAUUCUGAACCAUUUCAUAUUGAGAAGCGCUGGCCCCGUCAUCCAUCCUUUUUCUCUAAGGUUGGCGAUUCUAUUUCCUCUGAUAGAGUUUUCCAUGAGAGCCAUCAAAGAUUGCCAAAGGAGGUGCAUCAUAGGGAUGAUCGCUCAAGAUUAAGCCAAUCACUCUCUAGUUAUCAUUCUUUACCAGGUGAUGACAUUCCCUUGAGUGGUUCAUCUUACAGCAACAGGGAUUUUGACUCUGAAUCUGGACGUUCUCUAUUCCAUGCUGAUACUACAGCUGGAGUAUUACAGGAAAUUGCACUGAAUUGUGGAACUAAAGUGGAAUUUUUGUCUUCGUUAGUGGCUAGCACAGAACUGCAAUUCUCCAUUGAGGCAUGGUUUGCUGGAAAAAAGAUUGGUGAAGGAUUUGGUAGAACUAGAAGGGAAGCUCAAAGUAAGGCUGCUGGGUGUUCAAUCAAACAAUUGGCUGAUAUAUAUAUGUCUCAUGCUAAGGAUGAUUCUGGUUCCACUUAUGGUGAUGUUAGUGGGUUUCAUGGUUCAAACAACGAUGGUUUUGUGAGUAGUGAUUCUAGGUUGGAAGUCUCUAAAAGGUCAACAGAUUCAAUUUCUGCCCUCAAAGAAUUGUGCAUGAUGGAGGGUCUUGCUGCCAGUUUUCAAUCUCCACCAGCUUCAGCAUCAACACAUUUAACUCAGAAAGAUGAAGUGCAUGCACAGGUUGAAAUAGAUGGUCAGAUCUUUGGUAAAGGGUUUGGAGUAACAUGGGAAGAGGCUAAAAUGCAGGCUGCCAAGAAGGCACUUGGAAGUCUAAGAACAAUGUUUAAUCAAGGUUCUCUAAAGAGGCAUGGUUCGCCCAGGUCAAUGCAAGGAUUGGCAAAUAAACGUCUAAAGCCAGAAUAUCCUCCAACUCUGCAGCGGGUUCCCUAUUCUGCUAGAUAUCCCCGGAAUGCUCCUCUUGUCCCUUGAAAAGCAUAACUGGAUUUUCAUCUCACUUAAUCAUUGUGGCUUUUGCUGGGACAUGUCUUUGUUACCGAGGCAAUGAUACAGGGAAUGGCUGUUGGUCGGAUGGCUUCCAGUUUAGUGGCUGUCUGGUCUGUCAGUCUUUUUGUUCAAAUCCAAUUCGAAGUAGAACACCCACUUUUUAUAUCAAUUUAAGAUACUCAGUCCUCUCAGAAGAGUGGGGUUAGAUACUGGACAAAUAUUUGGGGAUGUGUUGGUCCUCCCAGACAAUGCAAUGCCAACUGUGCGUGUCUGGAAAAGCUGACAACAGUCCAAAAGACAAUGGAUGAGGCAAUCCCACAUGCUGCAAUUGUUCUUCUGUGACGUUUAUACUUGGUGCCAGAGAGUAGCUAAUUGGAAUUGAGCAUUUGAUUCAUGUUUUUAUUAACUGAAGUCGUGAUACACCAGUACAGGUCUUUUGAGUCGGUUUUCACUAACCUUACCAAUUCUUUUUAGCUAUAGUCAUCAUACACCUUUCAAUACAGCCGUACAGGUUCUUUUACACUUGAAGUUGGUUUUCAUUAACAUUACCUGUUAAUAAUACUAUAAUAGUGUUUCCUGCCACUGACAGUUCUAUCACUACUUCAGAGACACUGUUAUUUAUGAAUUUUUGAGGUAGUACAGUUUUCACUUUUGAUUA